AUGGAGGUGCCACCGUCUGUGGAGAUCACCGACGGGCAGCGCCUUGAGACAGAGCAGCUGCAGGACGAGAGCUGUAUGGAUGGAGUACAGCAGAGUGGGGGGCAGGAGAUAGGGGAGCAGCAGACAGGGGAGCAGCAGAUUGGGGAGCAGCAGACAGGGGAGCAGCAGAUUGGGGAGCAGCAGACAGGGGAGCCGCAGACAGGGGAGCAGGAGAUGUGGGGAAUUAGAGAUGGUGGUCGUGUGUUGGUUUCUGGGACGACCACUGCACCAUUGCGUCGCUCCACUCGCAUCACUUGUGGUGUCCCGCCUGUUCGAUACGCUUGGGCUGUAGUGGUUGAGCCAGCGGGCUUGGAUGACGAGGAGGAGGACGAGGAGUGGACUAACGUGGACCCGGACGGCCUUGCUGUAGUAUGGCAGGGGAGUGUUAGAGGGCCCUACGACAGCAAGGGCCCUCGAUGA